AGAAAGGUACUCUUAACUAGGGUUUUGGUUUGCGAACAACAACAAACGAAGCUUGUGUGGGAGGGUAAAGCUAAAGAGGCAGAAGUAAGCGUUCCGUGAGCAAAACCCUAAUUCACAGUAAAGAUGGACAAGAGUAUGAUGGGCGAUAUCGAUGCUAUGCCUGAGGAAGACAAGAUGAGAAUGUCUACUAUGAUUGAUCAGCUCCAAGUUAGGGACAGUUUGAGGAUGUACAAUUCUUUGGUAGAGAGAUGCUUUGUUGACUGUGUGGACACUUUCCGCCGCAAGUCCCUUGACAAACAAGAGGAGUCUUGCAUCCGUCGAUGCGCAGAGAAGUUUCUCAAACACUCUAUGCGUGUGGGCAUGAGAUUUGCAGAGCUCAACCAAGGGACAGCUACACCUGACACCUAACUAAUAUCCACAACACAAAACUAGGAGGGAAAACUAGUUACCACAUGAAAACUGCUGUAUUCCUGAAGGAAUUUAUACAAAACUCUGAGAUAAAAAGUGGUUUCUGUUUACAUUAAAUAGAAUAUUAGCAGCACGUAGAUUGCUGCAAAAUUGUUUUGUUUUUAUUUAACCAAGUGAAAGAUACACUUUAAUUGGUUAUUAGUUGGUGUAAGUUGCUAAACCAGACCAAAGUUUUUGAAUAACUUCUAGAAGUAAGAUAUUUUUGGUCCAUGA